AGACUUCUGCCAUGGCAGUGCUACCUCCCGUGUGCCCCUGCCCCACCGCAAUUUCUUGAGUGUCGUGUUCGUAUAUACAUAACCUCGCUUGGAUCAUUACAACCAUUUAUAUUAAAUAACAGAGAUUUUUUAAACUAAAGCUAAAUAAUAGUGUUAAAAUUGUGAGAACCAUGGAUCUUACAUUGAUUUUCGCAACAGUUUCGGGAUUAGUCAUAAUUGUGUUGUUUGUUUUUGUAUUUUUUCAGUAUAAAAAACCAGAUGAAGCAAAGCUAGCUGGUGUCAGACGACCCCAGCCAGCACUCAGGGACUUGCCCAGGAGAGCAGUUGGUGCCAGAAAUGCCAGAGUUCGCCUCAGAGCUGCAGCAGGCCGAGAGGAUGAGGAAGAAGAUGAUGCAGAAGAGAGAGCAGCUCCUAAUUCAGAGAUCGAUGACUCCAAGAUGGGAGCUAAAAAACGAGCUAAACUAGAAGCUAAGGCCGAGAAAAAAGCACAGAGGGAGGUUCAAGAGAGAGAAAGGGAAGAAAAAAAGCGGAAGAAAGAAUUGCUUGAUGAGGAAAGGAAAAAGGCUGAAUUUAAAGAAAAAUUAGAGGAGGAAAAGCGACUAGAACAAGAAAAAAAAGAAAAAGAAGAAAAAGAAAGACAAGAGUAUGAAGAAUAUUUGAAACUAAAAGAAGCCUUUAGCAUCGAACAAGAAGGCUAUGAUGAAUCUGAGAGCGAAGAGAAUAAAUCAAAUCUCUUACAGGAUUUCAUCUCUUAUAUUCAGACAAAUAAGGUUGUUGUUUUGGAAGACCUUGCAGCGACGUUCAAGUUAAAAACACAAUUUGUUAUUGACAGAAUUCAAGAUUUGCAAACAGAAGGAAGAAUUACAGGGGUUAUUGAUGACCGAGGCAAGUUUAUCUACAUAAGUCAAGAAGAGCUGGAAGCUGUAGCCAAGUUUGUCAAACAGAGAGGCAGAGUAUCAUUGACAGAAUUGGCAGAAAAUAGCAACAGACUUGUCACUCUAGUGCCCAGUGCUUAGACUGCAAGUUUUUUCAUGUGGAAAUAUAAAGGCUAAAAAUA